AUGGCCUCAACAGCGACCGCGCCCAACGGCGCUACGCACGACCAUGUACUGCGACCGAGGCCCAGGAAGCCGCAACACUCCCAGCUCACGAGGACCAUCAGCAACACCUCUGUUGGCGAGCUCAAUGGGAUGACUCCUCUGUCCGAGACGGGCCAGACGAGCGGCAAUACGAGUGGCCGCUCGACGCCCGUUCCCGCCGAUGCUCUCCCCUCCGUCAAGUCCAUGUCCUCCGCCCGAAAGCAAGCUCGCGCCGAACAACGCCGCCGAAUCUUCCCCACGAUCGAGUUCGCCAGCCGCGUCUCCCACUUUGACCCGAAUUCCGACUACCGCGAUUUCCAUGGGUUCUUCAACCUGUUUUGGAUCGGACUUGCCAUCAUGGCCAUCACCACCAUGCUGCGCAACAUCAAGGAUACGGGAUACCCCAUGCGCGUCCAGAUCUGGACCUUGUUCACCAUCAAGAUCUGGCAUCUGGCCAUCGCCGAUUUCCUCAUGUUGGCCACCACCUUGGUGUCUCUGCCCCUCCACCGCGUGUGGCGCGCUGCCCCCGCCAACAGCGCCUUCACAUGGAAGAACGGCGGCAUGGCCGUCCAGAGCAUAUACCAGGUUGUCUGGCUGGUGUUCUGGAUUGCCGUGCCUUUCGUUCUUGACUGGACAUGGACUGCACAGGUGUUCUUGCUCUUGCACACCAUGGUUCUGCUCAUGAAGACGCACAGCUGGGCUUUCUAUAAUGGUCACUUGUGCGAGACCGAGAAGCGUCUGUACGAUCUCGACAACCCCUCGACUGCCUCCAAGGACCCGGUCUACCUAUACCCGACCCCCGAUAACCCGAUGGGCACUGUUAGCAGCCCGAAGAGCCGCAACCCGGAGGCCACUUCGGACUCUGAGUCUACCUCCGAUGAAAUCGAUCAGCUUCGCGAGGACCUCGCCCAGGAGCUCACUUCCCCGCUGGGCAACAAUGCCUAUCCUCGCAACCUGACCUGGUCCAACUACUUCGACUACCUCCUCUGCCCUACUCUGUGCUACGAGCUCGAGUACCCUCGUACCGCGCGCAUCGACUGGCAGAACCUCAUCUCCAAGAUUGUCGCCGUCUUUGGCUGUAUCUCCUUGCUGACGGUCAUUUCGGAAGAGUUCAUCCUUCCAAUUUUGACCGACGCCUCCGUGCGCCUCAACGCGACUCCCGCUCCGCCCGUCUCCGAGGCUCUCCUCAUCCUUGCCGAGAGCAUCUCCUGGCUUCUUUUCCCUUUCAUGCUGACCUUCCUACUGGUCUUCCUGGUCAUCUUUGAGUACGCACUCGGUGCUUUUGCGGAGCUCACCCACUUUGCCGACCGCCACUUCUACUCGGACUGGUGGAACUCGACCGACUGGAUGGAAUUUUCUCGCGAGUGGAACAUUCCUGUCUACAGCUUCCUCCGUCGUCACGUCUACAGCGCCAGUCGACCGCAUAUUGGUCGCUUCCCCGCCACUGUCAUCACCUUCCUCAUCUCCGCCAUCGGGCAUGAGAUCGUCAUGGCUUGUAUCACAAAAAAGAUUCGCGGCUAUGGAUUUGUUUGCCAGAUGUUGCAGUUGCCUAUCGUAGUGCUGCAGCGCACCAAGUGGGUCCGUGGGAAGAAGACUCUCAACAACGUUUGCUUUUGGUGUUCCAUGGUCAUGGGACUGAGCAUGAUUUGCGCCCUCUACGUCUUGGUCUAA